AUGCAUGAACCCAAUACUACUCUCUUCUCCUCACAAUCCACUGAAGCUGAGAGAAUAGUUCAAGAAGAUGAACCAAAUGAUGAUGACAUCAUGGUUUUUUUUUUUGAUGACUUGCAGUUCGACCCAGAGGAGGAUAAUGUUCCUGAUAACAUGAUUAUGUCAAGUAUUGAGAAGCAACAAGUUGAAAGGUUGGAAUUUCAUGCUAAAUGUUUUGAGUACGAUAUUCAAAAGCUUCAUGAUGUUGCUAAGGAGCAUCAUGAACUUUUUGUUGAGCAAGUAAAGACUUUGAAAGAGUUUGUGGAUCUCAAGAUGGCUGAAAUUAAAUCAGAGAUUAAGACGAAUAUAAAAACUGAGCUCACACCCAUCCUGGAGUUGGUUCUUCUCUUACCAACGAAUGCUCCACCUGCGAAGCAGGUGUCAAAAACGGGAGAUAAAGGAUGUGGUGUUGGGACAUUGAAAGAUUCAGAAAAAGGAGUUGUUGUUGGAAAGCUGAUGUCAACUUAG